UUGAAUAUGUUCUUCUUUUGAUCUGGAAUGUGUUGUUCUAACCACGAACUAUGUAUUUUAUGACAGGAAAUUUGAUUUGAAGGAGAAAUAACGUGAGAAGAGAAACGUUGAAGAUUAAACUUAAAAAGAAGACAGCUGUUCUUUGUUGACCAUGGUGAAGGACAAUUUCGUUCAGACAUUCCUGGAGAGUCGACUUACGACCCUCCAUAAUGCCAGUGCUCCAUCCGUCACCAACUACAAACAGAAGAUCAUUGCAUUUAUUGUUGCUACUGUUCUCAUUUCUCUUUUGCCAAUUUUGCAUAUAGGAGUAUUUUAUGCUAAAAUAUGGGUUCCACAAAAAGGAUACAUUGACAAAAGAACCUGUUCAAAUACAUGCUUUGAUACCAUCUUCAGAGGUUCCUAUGAGAAUCCAGGAGCUACCCCGUACAAACAUGUUUAUUUCAACGCUACCUGGCAGACGUCUCGUAUCUGGAUAUUUACUGUUGUGUUCAUUCUACUGGCUUACGAGAGCAUCAAAUACCUGAUUCCAUUGAUGAGACGUAGGAAACUGAGGACCAGCAUGUUUUGCCUGUACCUUGUUAACCUGUAUCCCCACUACUACUCCUGGUGGUCCUACUUCAGCUACUACAAUGAGGACUUCUACAACUACUUCAAACAUCACUUCAUGUUCACAGUCACGGAAAUCAUCGCCACCUGCAUUGUGUUGAACCUUUGUGACCGCAAAAAUGAGGUGGUGUCUUGGAAGGUUUUUGCCAUCGUCAGCAUUAAUAUGAUGCAUAUCUUAGUCAGCGGGUUGGAUCAAUUUGUCAGUCAUGUCCUUCAAGGGAAAGGAACAAACUUCCAGAGUGCCCGUGAUAUUGGACUCAUGAUUCCAGAUUCCCUCCAUGUGAUCAUUCCAAUAUGGCAGCUUUUUAAGUCUGCAAAAAAUAGAGAAGUCCGAUUGAAUGAGCUGUGUAAUCGAGAGGAGAUCAUCAUGUGUAUUGUUUUUGUUUCCAUUUUCACUCUCAUUGGUAGACUCAUGUAAGAGAAGAUCACAGGUAUCUUACAAUGUAUCUCUGUUAAAUUUUUUUUAACAAUAUAAUCAAUACAUUUGAUAUGUAAGUUGAUGCUAGCUGUAUUUCUUUCUGUGCUUGGCAUGUUGUUAAAUACAUGGAACAUCUACAUGUUUUCUUCAAUAACUAGCAUGAACAUAUGAUAAAAGUGAGUUAGCUGUAUGUUUAAAAAACACAUUUGUGUGCAGUUUUAAAAACUGAAAUAUUGCUGAUUUUUUAAAAUGUGAUUUCUCAUCUUGUAAUAUAAAUAUAUGGGAUGACUGACUUGUAGACCCCUAAAAAUGUAUAUUUUUUAACUUUAUUGAUUCAUAAUUGGUAAAAUGUUAUUCAAGAAACUUUACUACUUGUUAAAUUGUAUAGAGCUUUUAUGUGUACAUGUAUUACUUUACCUUAAUGUAUUGAGUAUUUAUAUAUACUUAGGUAUAUACCUAGUCACUGUUAUAUCUCUGUAGUCCAGAGACUAAGUGUGAGACAUACAAUGGGUGUGGAGAGUUGUUUUCAAAUGCUCAUUCCGCAAUAUUCUUUCAUUGAGUUAUCUUUCUUGGUUGUUCAUAGUUCUAACGGUUGUGACUAUCUUUACAUUCCAUGCCAUGCAAUUACAUGAAUGUGUUCAGAAUAAGAUUUACAAAAUCAUUAUUAAUUUCAUAUACCAAUGUACGUGUAUUUUAUAUGCAUUACAACAUUUUGAAAUCGUUUAAAAGUUUAUAAAAUAUAUUAUUCAGUUACUUUAUUGAUGAAUCAAUGACAAAGAAAACAUCAAUGAUAAAUAAUAUUUAAUCAG